AUGCAGUCUUGUGACUCUCCUGAAGGUGCAGGUGAAGGUGGUACGGCCGCUGGAGCUGGUGACCAACCAGUGGCUCAUACCCCCGAAGCCAGUCACCAGCAGGUACUGGUGGAGCAACAGAAGAAACAAGUUCCUGCAGCGCCUCCAGCGCGAGAAGACGAAGAGGAACAGGAGGAACAGAUAGUGGUGGUACCUACCGCCUACCGCUCCAGAGACCGUCUGGAAGCCAUCUUGGGCCUGGAUGUGUCCUCUCAGGAAGCUGCCGUUCGCACCGACCCCAUCGCUGAAGCCACACUGCAGGAGCUCAAAAAGAUCUACGAGAGCACCAUCAAGCCCCUGGAGGUGCUCUACAAGUACCAGGACAUCUCUAACCGGCACGUUUCUGACGCUGAGCUCUUCGGCACGCCGCUCAUCCUGUUGGUAGGACCCUAUUCUACUGGCAAGUCAUCCUUUAUCAACUACCUCCUGGGCGUCGAGUACACCAAACGAGCACUUAAAACAGGUACGCCGCCCAGCCACGGGGUGUUCCGGGUGGUGCAGUUCGGGGAGAAAGACACCGAACUUGACGGCACUGACCUCAGCGCUCACUGGUCCUUCGCCUCGCUCCAGAAGUUCGGACAGAACUUCAUCGACCAACUCCAGGGCAAGGCUUUCAAAAGUCCUCUUCUUAAGAAGGUGACGUUCGUUGAGGCUCCUGGCAUCCUGGAGAUGAGACGACCAGGGGAACGACUCUAUCCCUUCAACGACGUGGUUCAGUGGUUCAUAGACCGCGCAGACCUGAUUUUGGUCAUGUUUGACCACACUAAACUUGACGCUGGUUACGAACUUGAGGCCAUCUUAGACCAGCUGAAGGGACGCGAGGGCCAGACACGCAUCCUGCUGAACAAGGCAGACCAGGUACCUGCCGAGGAGCUGAUGAAGGUUCAAGGGAGCCUCUUCUGGAACCUGAGUCCCUUGCUAGGAGUGUCAGCUCCUCCCACCGUCUACGCAGGCUCCUUCUCUUCCAGGCCUUACCGCACAUCCUCUCCUGGCAAACUCUUUCAGGCUCAGGAGGAGGCGCUGCUUUCGGAUAUCGCCCUGGCUAUCAACUCUCGAGUCGACAACCGCAUCGCUAUCGCCCGCAGACAUGCGGUGAGUGUAGACGCAUGGUGACUACAGCUUCCAGGACUCUUUUUCUACCGCA